ACGGCAAGCCAGCGCUGUCGUUAGUGUUUAUCGGAAGUGACGUAUUUCCGCCUCGCCGGAAGCGUCACCCCGGUAACCAGGGACGCGUCGAGGGUUCAGGGCCGGCCAUGGCGGGGCUCCCGCGUUGCGAACUGUGCGGGGCCCGAACGGCCCCGCUGCGCUGCCCCGGCUGCCGCCUCACCUACUACUGUGAUGUCUCCCACCAGAGAACCGACUGGAUCAGCAUCCAUGGCCAUAUCUGCCAGCUGCUCCUCCCAGUCCUCGGGCCCCAGCCCUGUUUCCAUUUUGAAAAAGACAGAAAACUUGGCAAGGAGCAGCUGCUGAGGAGGCAGGAAUCCCUCAUUGCUGUGGCGUUGAGCACAGCCCAGGGGUUUGUGUGGGCAGGGAAGCCCCUGGAAGCAAUUCCUGCAGCACUGCAGGCACUGCGCUUCAGCUCCAGAGUGUUCGGCUCUGGCUCCAUGCAGCUCGUGCCCAUCUAUCUGCUCCUGGCUGAGGCCUCCACGGGCACUGGCCGUCUCCGACAGGCAGCCAAGUAUCUCUCCCAAGCCCGGUGGAUCAUCCUCCAAACCCCAGACUGCAGUGCUGCUCUUCAGUCUAAGUUACACCGUGGGCUGGGGCUUUUCUCUGUUGCUGAAGGAAACCUGGACCAGGCUUUGUAUCACCUGGCCAAUGAUGUUUACCUGGCUACUGCUGAGUUUGGACUUAAUUCUGUUGAGGUCUCUGGAGGGUACUUCCACAUGGCCAACAUUUUCUUCCGCCAGAAUAAAAUGGAUGCAGCAAACUCGCUCUAUACUGAGGUGAGUAGCCUCUGGCAUGACUGGCUGCUGAGCACCCUUCACAGGCACCAGCGAGGGCUCCAGGCCCACGUGGAAGCAUCGCCCUUCUCUGAGGAUGAGGAAGGCAUCGAGGAUGGGAUGACCAAAGCCCAGCGUGAGGAAGGAACACGGGUGCUGUGGGCGGUGCUGAAGGUCCGGGAAGAGGGACCACUGCAUCAUCCCAGGGAAACAGCCCGAGUCCUGCAUGCCCUGGCCAUGAUCCACUACCUGGGCCUGGAUUUAGCCAAGGCCCAGGAGGUGGGGACGAAAGCCUUUGACUUGGCCAAGCAGCUGCCCCAGCAAGACUCUCUAGAAACCAUUGGUCACCUGCUGGAGUUGAUUAAUGCCCAGUUUUCCCACACCACAUAAAAACUGGCUCUGCCAGACCCAGGUGUUUGGCCAGGUUCUCUCUUACCCGGUUUCCUGAACACCACGAGUGUCACAAGCCCUUGGUCCUUCCUGCUGCUGCCUCUUUCCAGCUGCAUCCCUGGCUGUCCCAAACUGUUUGGAAAAUAAACAUUUUGGUCUGAGUUACUCUUCAUGUUCUGCUCCACCUCUGUAACCUCUCAGGGAGUAACAGCACCAGGAUGAGAAACAAAAGCACCAUGAACACACUGAAUUAAUCAUUUAUUGGCCAGGUUGGGAAUAAGCAAACAGCCUCUCACAGUGUCAUGGUGGUUGUCCAGGAGCCAAGAUGAGCUCAGGUGUGUUUCUUACUGGUUUCCUGGCUUUGCUUGCCAGUUUGGUGAGGGAGAUCCCAUGGAGGGAUAGGAGAGGAACACAGGGAAGGGCUGGGGUGGUAGACACCUGCUCCCAGGGACCUGGUUGGCCUUGACAAGGCAUUGCAGCUCCCUGCAGAGCCCCUCCAUCUCCAAACCAAUUUCCAGAGAAUCCCAGACUGGUUUGGGAUGGGAGGGACCUUAAAGCUCAUCCCACUUCACCCUCUGCCAUGGGCAGGGACACCUUCCACUAGGGCAGGUGCUCAGAAUUUUCUCUUUCUGCAGAGCUUCUCAUAGCUCUGGGCACUGAGAGACUCCUUUGUUCCACUUCCAUGGGUAGAAGUUCCACAGGAAGUAUUUCCAUCCAGGAGGGACCAUGGGAGGCAUGAGGGACUGUAAGCAGUGUUGAGGGAAAGAGUGAAAAGGCUGCAACUGGGCAUUCUAACCUAAAGGAGAUGUAGUUUCCUUCUGGCAGAGAGCUGACAUCCCCUUGGAUCUGCCACCAGCCUCUGGUGCUGGUGCCACCCCAAGGCCCAUUCCCAGCUGGCUCCUGCCCCAGGGAACAGCGAGACCCCUCAGGACAGAGGUGACCCUGCUGGGGAGGGACAAGGACACCAGAGCAGGGCCAGCCACCAGAAGGCUCCAGAGGCCAUGGGGAGUAUGGGAAGCACGGUGCAGCCACCGGAGCUCCUGAUCCCUCACAGCUGGGAAAGGGGAGAAGGGAAUCUUGGCCUGUGCCAGGCUGAGCCCUGAGCUGCGAUUAAGGCUCAUUUACUUCAGGAGGAUUUAUGAGAGUAUUUAAUUGCCUCGCCGAGUUGGGCUGGAAUCAAGUGUGCUUUGUAAAUGCUUCGUCAAGCUGGGGCCUGAGCAAUUAGCAGGGAUUGCUGCUGCUGGAAAAGCGCAGGUUCAGCCACGUUCCAUUCCAGGGGGUGGGAUAAGGCUGCUCGGGGUGCACGGCACAGGCCUGGGGAAGGGCUAGGAGACCUCCCAACACUCCUGUGGGAGAUGCUGGUGGCUUCUCCACCUCAUCAGGUGUGGAAUAACCACCUCCAUGGGGUGGGGGAUUUUGGAAGGGGCUGGAAUGGUCAUCUCCAUGGAGUGGGAGUGCUGGAAGGGGCUGGAAUGACCACCUCUGUGGGGCGGGGGAUGUUGGGGGUGCCUCAGGGCACAGGGAUUUGGGUCACCAGGGAUUUGGAGCUUGGUCAUGGCUGUAAUCCUUCCAGUGCUCCCAGGCUGAGCCUGUGGGACCAUGUGGCUGCUCUGGAUGUUCAACAAAACAAACCCAGCCUGGAAAUGAAGGUUGUGCAGGGCUGAACAUCUCCUGGAGCCAGGAAUGAAACAGCAGAGUGAGGAAAGGAGCUCUGGGCACAGAAAGAACAUUCUGGGGAGCUGUAAAAGGCACUGCAACAGCCAUGCCCAGUGUGCGCCCUGCAGGGCAAAGAGCUGCUUCAAUAAAUAGAAAAAAGCCUAAAGUGACCAAGAUCAGCAUUUCUUUGCCCGAAAGUGUUUGGGCUUGCAGUUCUUGGCACCUUCUCAGCUGAAGGUGAAAAAAACCAAAUCCACAGAGCAGCAGCAACCUCCUCCCUCCCUGCCCUUGCUCAGGUGCUCGUGGCAUGACGAAAGCUCUGUCCCAGGCCAGGGGAGCAGGUUUGGGAUCCACAGGGCAGGACAGCUCCAGCCAGGGCACCCCCGUGAUCCCAGCCCAGGCUGCUCCAGGCAAUUAAAAUCAGGUUGUACACCCAGAGCAGGUAUUUUGCAACCAGGUGAGUCGUUCCCGUGGUGGAAAAAGCUUUGCAGGGACACGCACUCCCAAAACCCCCCCCACCCCUGGCAGGGCAGGGAAAGUCUGGCUCCAAGAAAUAAAGGCACAGGACACCGGGGCUGGGUGAUUGCUCACAUUCUCCUUUAUUGUUCACACCACACACCUUCCCCAUAGCACUUGACUGCAGGGAUUUGCUUAAAAAAAACCACACACACCCCCACAGCUUGGCGCAGCUGUGCCACAACCAGCUGAGCACGGGCAUUUUUAAAGAGAUUUAUUUUACUCCCCCCGCCCCCAACCUUUAUUUUUCUUUCACGUGUGGUCAAGUGUCAUCACUUCCAAACCAGACAAAUAAGUUAAAAAAAAGAUACUAUUAAAAAAAAAAAAACAAACAACAACAACAAAAAACCCCACCCAACACAAACAAAAAAAACAACCCUCCCUGUGGCUUUGGGAAUGUGCCAGGAGCUCCCACACCAGCUGCACUCAGGGAAAUGCUUUUUUUUUUUGUGUGUGUUUUCAGUUUUGUUUGAAAAGGACAGUAUUUCUCAUGUGUAUUUUUUUUCUUUAAUAUACUACAGCCUGAAAUUCAGUGCAAUAGAUACAACUACAGUGCAGAACUAUACAAAAGUCAUCCUAACCAUGUACAAGCUUUUUUUUCUUAGUUGCUAUAGAAACUAUAACCUUUUUCUGUACCUUUUGUAUACAUUAUACAGUGUGAAUAUACUCCAAGAAUAUUUACAGUACUUGGCUUGUCAAAUCAGAAAUGCUAUAACUUAAAUGUCUACUAUUAACAACCAUUGAACAAAAAUAUAUAUAAUAUAAAUAUCUUCCAGUCUAUACACAGAGCAGGAAACUGCUGUAUCCAUGCAGUGCUGGAUUUUGGUGACUCCCAGGAUGGGGGUGGUGAUGGAGGGGGAUGUUGUCGUGUGCGGCUGCCGCUGGCGCUUCACUGUCGGGCAAAUAUUGCCGAGAUUAAUCCCAAAAUUCAACAAGAACACAUCCCCCUCCCAUUUUCCCCUCCCAGCUGGAAUUCAGGCGAAAGGAGAGGAGCCUGCGGCAAGGGAUUGACCUUUCCAACCGAUCCAUCCGGACGGCUCCGUCCUCCACGCUGCCCCGGGCGGGAGGUCCCCGUCCACGAACCCACUGCGGGGCUUGAAAUCAAGGAGACUUUAAAAAAUGACUCAUUUUCUUGGUAGUUUUUUUUUAAAAAAAUAUUAGAUUUAGUCAAUUUAUGUGAUUUUUUUCCUCUAUGAUUAGAAUGUUAAAAAAUAAGUUUCCAGCUUUUAAAAAACUUCCUCUAUGUGAUUUUCUGUUAAAUAACUAUUGCGUCGUUAAUAAAAAACAGGGAAUUGCCCUCCUGCUGGUGGAGGCUGCAUGGCUGGGUUUAUAAAACACCUAUUGGCUUUGAAAUCUUGGACGCAAAACCAGCUAAAAAAUAAAAUAAAAAUCAUUUCUAGCAGAAAAAAAAA